AUGUUUAAUUUAUUAAAUACAUAUAUUACAUCACCAUUAGAUCAAUUUGAAAUUAGACUAUUAUUUGGUUUACAAUCAUCAUUUAUUGAUUUAAGUUGUUUAAAUUUAACAACAUUUUCAUUAUAUACUAUUAUUGUAUUAUUAGUUAUUAUAAGUUUAUAUCUAUUAACUAAUAAUAAUAAUAAAAUUAUUGGUUCAAGAUGAUUAAUUUCACAAGAAGCUAUUUAUGAUACUAUUAUAAAUAUGCUUAAAGGACAAAUUGGAGGUAAAAAUUGAGGUUUAUAUUUCCCUAUAAUCUUUACAUUAUUUAUGUUUAUUUUUAUUGCUAAUUUAAUUAGUAUGAUCCCAUAUUCAUUUGCAUUAUCAGCUCAUUUAGUAUUUAUUAUCUCUUUAAGUAUUAUUAUUUGAUUAGGUAAUACUAUUUUAGGUUUAUAUAAACAUGGUUGAGUAUUCUUCUCAUUAUUCGUACCUGCUGGUACACCAUUACCAUUAGUACCUUUAUUAGUUAUUAUUGAAACUUUAUCUUAUUUCGCUAGAGCUAUUUCAUUAGGUUUAAGAUUAGGUUCUAAUAUCUUAGCUGGUCAUUUAUUAAUGGUUAUUUUAGGUGGUUUACUAUUUAAUUUUAUGUUAAUUAAUUUAUUUACUUUAGUAUUCGGUUUUGUACCUUUAGCUAUAAUCUUAGCUAUUAUGAUUUUAGAAUUCGCUAUUGGUAUUAUCCAAGCUUAUGUUUGACUUAUCUUAACAGCAUCAUAUUUAAAAGAUGCAGUAUACUUACAUUAA